UAGGUUUCUUGGUGGCACCACUACAACCGAAGGUGUCCCUGUUCACGAUUUUUCUCAUGGGAGGACUCUUUGCAUGGGUGGGAGUUGUGGCAUCUGCAUUUGUGCCAAACAUGGCAUGGAUGACGGUAACCCUCGGCGUUAUUAACGGUCUUGGAGUUGGAAUUACUACAAUGACGUAUAGUAUACUCCUUCCAAUGUAUUUUGACAAGUACAGAGGCUUAACAUCGGGAAUGAAGUACGCUGGAGCAUCAUCCGCUGGUCUGGUUUUUCCCAAGCUUCUCGCCUACUUACAAGAGGAGUAUGGCUUCCGUGGUACGCUUCUCAUCUGCGGAGGCAUCAUUAUGCAUGUCUCGGCAAUCGGUAUUUUUGUCAAGGAGCCACCCUGGACGAGCUUGAAGAGCAUCGCGAAGGAUGCGAAAAAUACAACUAAGGAGCGUUCAGUCGAAAUUCAAAACAUAUCGGUUAACACCCAAGAACUUCAUGACCUUUCAACGACUGUUCCGCGAGAACAAGUGAAGAAACAUCGACCCGCUCUAGUAUUAUUAGCCAAUCCCAUGCUCUACAUUAUUAUUUCAAUGGCAGUGGUGGCAGACUUUACAGGAGCUGCAUAUGUCUCUACCAUAGUCGACUACGGAGUAGAUAAAGGCUUGUCGAUCAAUGAUGCAGAAUCACUCAUAAUAUACGGGUCUUGCAGCGAAAUCGUUGGGCGGCUGCUCCUUCCUUUACUGGCUGACAAAGGAUGCUUUCGACGCACAACCCUGGUCAUGGCGACCCUUUUUAUAUGGGGAUGUUCAAUGAUGCUUUUCCCGCAUUCAUCUCUUCAAGUGCACAUUAUACUGGUGUGCUUGUGCGCAUACCUCUCCUACGGAUGUCUACAGUCUAUGAGGAGCGUCCUCAUGGCGGAUUACAUCGGUGUCCAAUGGAUCUCCAUAUGCUACGGGCUCUCAGGGUUGGUCUUAGUACCUCUCAAUUUCUGCAGUCCAUCGAUAACAGGGUUCUUUCGAGACUCCGGUGGAAGUUACGACGGCCUGUAUAGGUUCCAUGGAGGAGUACAGCUGGUAGUUGGUGCCUUAUUUCUGCCAGUUGUUUUUGUCGAAAGAAGGCACGCAAGUCUGUGGACGCUGAAGCGGAGUACAGAAAAAUAGAUCUUGAAAAAGUUUUAAAACACGCAAUAUUUUUUCUGAGAACAUGCUAUAUGCUUGGGA